AUGUCAAUAAGUGGUCCUACCACAGGCCAACUCCUCCCAGACUCUGCAAUACAACGCGUCCUCUUCAUAACCCCGACAGUCCACAUCUACCAAAUCCCCCCAAUAACCUCAACCUCCGGCUUCUCUGCCUCAGCCUGGACCAAUGCUUCCCGCCCGACGGCGCAGCAAAUCUUCACAGCACGUCUCCGCAUCCUGGAAACCUCAGUCGAAUCGAAAAUCAAAGUCGACAUCCUCCUCGAAGACCCUGCAACAGGAGACCUCUUCGCAGCAGCACCUUACACCUCACCUGCCGUGAUCCAACAAGCGAAUGAUUCUUCGAGGUUCUUUGCGAUUAGGGUUGUAGGGGAGAGAGGGAUGAAAGCUACACUGGGAUUGGGGUUUGAGGAUCGGAGUCCGGCGUUUGAUUUUGGGAUUGCGUUGGUGGAGGCGAGGAAAGUUCUUGGGAUGGAUGCUAAUGGUGGGGUGGGCAGUUCGCGGGAGAGGGAAGAAAAAUUGAGGAAGAAGAUGGAGGGGGAUUUGAAGAAGGAUUUUAGUUUGAAAGAGGGGGAGAAGAUUCAUGUUAACAUUGGGAGGAGGGGGCAAGGGAAGCAAGUGGAAGAAGCAAAUGGUGGACAGCAAGAGAAUGAUGGUGCUGCGUUGUUUUCUAUUGCGCCGCCGCCACCACCCGCUGCAGCAGCAGGAAAGGUAGAUGCCUUUGCGACGCCUGCUGAUACGCAUGGCAAGACGGCUCAAGAGUUGGGAUUUGACGACGGAGAAUUUGGAGAGUUUCAAUGAGCUCUGCCCUGGUCGAGUUUCUGAUGCUUUCAGGAUUUUAUAUACAUUUUGCCCACCAGACCAUCGGCAAAAUGGGUCGAGGCUCAGCAGCGCUGCUCGAGGCAAUCCUUACUGUGGCCGGAAGAGGAUGAAGAGUAUGCCCAUGAUCGCAACACCAGUGGCUGCGCCUUGCAGAGCAGUAUUGGUCACAUCGACCUUACGCAUCUGGACGAUGCGCUCACUCCAGAGAUCCCGGAGAUAUUCAUCGUAGGACUCCCAGGAUCCUUUCACGACUUCUCGUGCUGCAUCCGUGAUAUACUGUUUCGGAGGCUCAAUUUCCUGCUUCGAGGGCGCCUCUGGUACAGCGCCAGCAAAUUUCGAAGCCUCUGGGGGUAAAAUUUCCGCGGCAGCAAUCGGUGGGUUGCCCGCUGCAUCAUUGCCGGUCGCAGGUAGGAUAGCGUUCAAUGGUUGCUGCGAUUCCUCCGGCACCACUUCUUUCGAAACCACGACCUGAUCGAUCUGCCUCUCCGUCUCGGGUUUCACAGAAAGUCCACCAAGCUUUCUAUCAAGUAAAGCCUCAACUCUAGCUUCCACACCAGCCUCAACAUUCCUCGUAAUCUUCUUCCUACGAUAAGGCUCAAAAAUGGCAAUCUGCGCGAGCAACAGAAGAAUAUUCACACCCAUCAGCCCGAAUGUGAUCCAGGUGCCAUUUCUCCUAAUCGUAUCACUCCAGAUCUGCUCUUCGUGGUACUGCUUUCCCCGAAGUCUCUCUAGUAAUAACCUACUAUCCUCCAACUCC